CGGAAACACCGGAUACACAUUCACAUAAUUCUCAUCCAGUCGGUCGCCUUGAAAAAUCCAUUGGCACGCUGCUGGUCAAUUGGGAGGCACUGAUUUUUACUUGAAAACAAUCACAUCUGUAUAUUCAUAAAUCACAAUGGGUGCUACUCGCGCGCAAAAGGAAGUUUACUUCACCAAACUAAAGGAACUCAUCUCCAAAUAUCCCUCCAUCUUCAUCGUCAACGUUGACAAUGUUAGCUCCAACCAGAUGCACCAAAUUCGUGUUGCCCUCCGUAGCAAAGGUGUCGUCUUGAUGGGCAAGAACACCAUGGUUCGCCGUGCUCUUCGCACUAUCCUUUCGGAGAACCCUCAGUUCGAGCGUCUUCUUCCUCACGUCAGGGGUAACAUCGGUUUCGUCUUCACCGAUAAAGACCUCAAGGAGGUUAGGGAAAUCAUUGUUGCCAACAAGAUCGCCGCCCCCGCUCGUGCCGGUGCUUAUGCCCCCAAGGAUGUCUUCGUCCCCGCCGGAAAUACCGGUAUGGAGCCCGGAAAGACCUCCUUCUUCCAGGCCCUCGGUAUCCCCACCAAGAUCGCUCGUGGUACCAUUGAAAUUUCGUCUGAGGUCCAAGUCGUAACCGCUGGUAGCCGUGUCGGCCCAUCCGAAGCUACUCUCCUUAACAUGUUGAACAUCUCACCGUUCACGUAUGGUAUGACUGUCGUCCAGAUCUUUGACUCUGGAAACGCGUUCGCUCCCGAAGUUCUCGAUAUUGACGAGAAGGUGCUCAUUGACCGCUUCAUGUCCGGUAUCCAGACCAUUGCUGCCAUCUCAUUGGCCCUCAACUACCCCACCGUCGUCUCGGUCACGCACUCACUUGUUAAUUCGUACAAGAACCUCAUUGCUCUGUGCUUGGCCACCGACUACAUGUUCGAGGGUGCCCAGAAGGCCAAGGAGUACUUGGAGAACCCUGACGCAUUUGCUGCCGUCGCCGCACCUACUGCCGCUGAUGCCGCACCCGCUGCUGCUGAGGCUGAGGUUGAGGAGAAGGCCGAAGAGAAGGAGGAGUCUGACGAUGACAUGGGUUUCGGUCUCUUCGACUAGAUUAUGCAUCGUGUCAUGUUAUUUACCGUCACGCACAUCAUCUAAUGCACAUGCAGGCUGAUAAGAUCAGUCACUCGUGUUGAUCAAACGAUCCCCAAAUA